AUGCGGUUUUCUACGCUGGCGAUUCUGGCCUUUGUCGGGGGAGCAUUCGCAAGAUGUUCGGACGACAGAUGCUUGCGGGCGGUGAACGGCGCGCCGUCGCGAUCCAGAAUAUCCGACUGUCAGAGCUUCUUUAGAGUUACGGUAACGCCAUCAACAAGCACCGUCACCACGACGGUCAGUGUCGGAACCACUGAUAUCACUACAGCCACAGCCACGAGGACCGUCAUUGCGACGGAGGUCGCAUCGAAGAGAUGGGAGAAUCAACGUGAGGUUCUCGAUAUCCUAUUGAGGCGUCCUACACGACCUUUAAGUUCUGCGACCUCUGCGGCGCAAAAGACCCCCAGAUACGCGGCAGCGUGUGCUUCUGCGGCCGCAUACUCGUCCGCAUGUUCCUGCUUGGGAGUGAAACACUCUACAAUAACUGUCUCCACUGCAAAAGCAACGAAGACAGUCAUCGUCUCCAAAGCUACUACCAUAACUGCGGUGAAAACCGUCGUAACGACUCAAUUAUAUGUUCCCAUCAGUAAUAGCUCGGCCAUUUUCGCCAACUCCACCAGGGCGAUUUUCACAAACUCGACGUCUUUAGGCAAUAAUGGCACAAGCUCGACCACGCUCUCGAUCUCUGGCUCGACACUGACCCAAACUGAUUCGAUGAGUCUGACGAGCUCCCAGUUGAUCCCCAAUUCAGUCAGCAGUGCUAGUAGUGAUGGCCGCUCUACAAGUUCGGGUGAUAUAACGUCCAAGGCCGGAACAACGGCUAUCACGACAAGCUCUGCAAUGUUCGCCAACAGCACGAGAGCGUUCUCACCUUCGAAUGCCACAGCUCCAUCUCUCAACAGCACCGGCAUCGGUCACUUUCCAAACACAACCUCGUUGGUGCCAGCUGCCAAUGCAACAAGUACAGGUCGUUUCCUGAAUACGACGACCGUUUCAGCUGUAAUGAAUGCGACAGUGCCGACAACAUUGGCGAAGCCCGCUAAUAUGACAUCCGCACCAUUCUUGAAUGCAACAUCAGCUGUGGUGAACAGCACGACCUCUGCCCCGUUCAUCAACACAACGGUUGCGGUCUUAAACGCGACAACUUCAGCACCUUUUCUGAACACGACAGCACGACCGUUAAACGCAACGUCCGCGGCACCUUUCCUGAACACCACGACUUCGGCGCCUUUUAUGAAUGCUACCAGCAUUCCGAUGUUGAACACCACGAGGCCACCGUUUGCCAAUGCAACUACUCGCCCGUUUUUGAACUCAACCUCAGUGCGUUUCAGCAAUACAAGCACGUCGGUCGCCACCCCGACUCCAACGACAACGCUCGACCUGACUUGCGGAGAGACCGCAACUCCUUUCAUGCUCCAAGUUUCUCAGCCUUCUGGUCUUUUCGACGGAUGGUUCCUGAAGAUGGUCGGAGAUGCUAUUCUGUUCAGCUCUUCCGCGAAUUACUCGACCAAGUUCAGUGUUGAGAGCUCAGGGCACCUCUGUGCUGUUGGGUACAUUGGUGAGAGUGGACACCCCGCCAUUGGCAUCGCCGAGACCAAAGAUGGCCUCACCGGGAGCGCCAUAUAUUUUGUCGACGGGGCAAGGGUCAAAGACAUGGGGAAGGUGGGAUAUGGUGCACUCGACUGUGCUGUAGACGAUGAUCUUCAGUGCGGCGCCCGAGACAUGGAGCACUGGGUUGCCUGCGGGCUCGGCCUUGAUAUCUCCAGCGAUGCAGGGCCGAACGUGGUUGUCGAUACAUUCAACUGUACCAGCAUUAGUUUAUCUGCUAUUUAUGAAUAG